AAGGACAAAAAAAAAACGCGCUUAACGAAUCCCUCUAGAUACAUAUAUAGUUACACUUUACACGGAAGAAAGAAGAGGAGAGACUUAUCUACGAAUCAAUUAUUUGGAGAUAAAUCAGAAAGGAAGAAGCGAUAAUGGCGGAUCAAGGAACAGUCGUCGGAGGAAUUAGCGAUAUCGAUGCGAAUGCUAAUGAUCUUCAAGUCGAGUCCCUCGCUCGUUUCGCUGUCGAUGAGCAUAACAAGAAGGAGAACGUGACUCUGGAGUACAGGAGGCUACUUGGUGCAAAAACACAGGUUGUGGCAGGAACAAUGCACCAUCUCACUGUGGAGGUAGCUGAUGGCGAGACCAAGAAGGUCUACGAGGCCAAGGUUUUGGAGAAAGCCUGGGAGAACCUCAAGCAGUUGGAGGGCUUCAACCACCUUCACGAUGUUUAAUCUGAUACCUGAGCUUUCUAGGCGGCUUUAGUGAGCUCCCACGACUACGUGAUAAGAGUCCCGGUUUAACCAAGGUAACUCCUUAAAUAAGUGAAUGUGAAUCCCCAGUCCAUGUGUUUGAUGGGUGUGUACGGAACUGGUAUGGUGUGUAUCUCUGACUUUCGUUUGUGUAUUGCAAGUUACAAACUGUCACUUUCUAUCUAUUUGCUAUUAUUUUGCAAAGAAAUUAUGAUGAAAUUAAAAGUAUAUGUAAACCUGGCGAUGAGUAUCUCCAUGACAUUACAAAAUCA